AUGAUGAUUUCAUUUCUUCUUAUAGAAGAGGAAAAAGAAAAAGCGAAUCAUAUUGAUUACAGUGUUCAUUAUCUUCGAAUAAAACAAAAUAAAAUGCUGAAAUUUCUAUUGUUUAUUUCUAUACUACUUAUAAUUGAUCCAAUACAAUUAGUCCAUUCACGUUAUAUUGAUAAUACAUUAUUACGUAGUGUAUUAAAUUGUUAUGUGGAUUGUUUACAAAAUUCAAUGAAUGAUAUCCAAGAUAAUAAUUAUUGUUAUCAUGAAUGUUUUAAUAAUCCAAAUGAAAAACGUGGUAAAUUUUUCAUGUUAGGAUAAUCAAUGAAUAAAUGAAUGAAGAUAAAGAUGAUGAAGAAGACGAAGAAACAAGAAUACAAACUACUUAUUAAACUACUAAUUAUGUAAAUCAGUAAUAUAUAUAUAAUUCAAUGAAAAAUAUAUAUUUUGAAUUGAAU